CUAUGCCUGUGGUGUGUGUGCUACAAUUUGUGGUUGAUCUGCUAUUCAUUUGUUUUACGUUCGUUUCACCUGCGCUGUCACUUACUGAAAUGAUACCUUGACGUAGCGCACGGCUUACUAAAAGGCAUAUGAGUGUCACCACCAAGUGUUCUAAGCAGCCAGCACGCACCGCGAUCACUUUGUUUUCCGUGCCACUCGGUUCCAUGCGUUCCAUGCUCGUGCGGACAAUUUUUUUUCUCGAUCCGUUCCGUGCAGUCGCACGCGUCAACAGCCGAGGCACUCGUCGUAGCUGAGAGUGCCAUUGUUAUUUAACUAUUUUAUUUCAUGAGAGAGACACUAUCGGUUUGGGGCGACGCCGAUGAAGCGACCGAGGAGUCCAUGUUUUGCCGCCGAGCGAAGGUUCAAAGUACUGCGUCGUCUGCACGAGUCGGCGACAACAGCGCCGCUUUUCCGGCGCAAGCGCACGCUCGACUGCGGGCUCGAUCGAACGCCGGGUUCGCCGCCAGUAAAGAGACCGCGGCUCGAGGGCGGUGUCGACGACAGCCAUGCCUUCCUCUGGGAAAUCCAGGAGACACCGAAAGAACCGACCUUCGGUAAGGAUUCCAAGCACAACAAGCAGCACAAGAAUGGCAGUGGCGCCGGUGGCGGACCCGCCGUGACCGCCGCGCUGGCCCAAUCGCCGCAGGCCACCUCGCCGAUGGACGCGCAGGCCCCGCCCCUGGUCGAACCGGGCGGCUGCGACAAGCUGGACCUCUCCGCGGUGCUGUGCGGUCCCCCGCUGCCCGCCGACGCCGCCAUGGAGAUUGGCAGCCCGCCGACCUCGGACGACGACGACCCGGCGUUCAACGCCUUCAACUACUGGAAGACCCCUUUCCCCGACGUCAGCGUCGACGUCGUCAUGGAGUAACAGCAGGAGGAGACCACCCGCCAUCUUUAGAGCCGCUCCACUUCGCUUCACCGUUGGCUGCAUACGUCAUCCCCCUCCUUUGGUCAUUUUUUUUUUAA